AACACCUUGGAUCUCAUUAGUCAUCUCUGUGUCUCUCUCUCUUUCUAAAUUCCAAGUCGUCAUUCUCUGACCGAACUGGCUAACCCUCAAGAAGCUCUGGAGGAUUCCAGCAAUAAGAGCGUGGUGCUCCAGCUCUACCAUGCCCUAAGCUCUCGCGACGUUCAAACCGUCCACAAACUCUUAGCCCCUGACCUCGAGUGGUGGUUCCAUGGCCCUCCGUCUCAUCAGUAUAUGAUGCGAUUGCUCACCGGAACUGACAACGACGAUUCAUACUCCUUCAAUUUCGUACCUCAUUCCGUUGACGCUUUCGGAUCUACGGUCCUCGUUGAAGGCUGCGAUCAGGAUCGCGAAAUCUUCUGGAUCCACGCUUGGACUGUUAAUUCACAGGGUAUAAUCACUCAGGUGCGUGAGUAUUUCAAUACCUCCCUCACCGUUACUCGAUUCGGUGUUAACUCUUCCAAAUCCGUCUCCAUUACUUCGCUUCAUUGCCCUUCUCUUUGGGAGAGCACUCUCUCUAAUAGGGUCGGAAAAUCUGUUCCGGGUUUGGUACUGGCUAUAUAGUCAAGGGGCCGGAUCCCCUGUGCUCGCUACUUCAUAUAGCUUAUCGUGUGCGUGAAUAAAAGAACAAGUCAAAGUCAAAGUUGGAGCGUGAUUACCUAUGGGUUGAAGUAACGUGCUAUCCUGCGUCUGCGAGGAUGUAAAUCGUACGGCGGAGAUUCGUGGGUACUGUUUGGCUACUACUUUCCGUUUUUGUGUGGUUUGUGUUUGCGUUUUAUUGUAAUCCUAAUCCAGGAUGGGGAUGUCCUCCUAUUCUUGGUUAUUUUCUACUGUUUUUAUAAAAAUGCUAUAUAUUGAUUUUCUAAUAA